AUGGGUCGAAUGACUGGAAUUAAAUGGGAAAAAGCUGUACAAUGUCGACCGAUACAUAACAUUAUUUCAUCAGAUUUUCCAAAAUAUAAUCCGCAACCUUGGAAAUUUAUGCUAGUUCGAUUACCGGCUCUGGAAGGUCCAUCUCGGAUCCAAUGGCUCUUAUCGUAUGAAUACCAAAGAAGAUGGAUGGAGGAAAGAGAAGCUUGGAAAAAACGCAUGUAUCCUGAAAACACAACAGUCAAUGUCGAUGUUGUGAAACGUUACGUUUUGACAUUUAAAACUGACCAUCAGCCGCCGAAAUCAGAACAAAAGAAACCAUUCAAAAUCAAAAAAUUUGAAAGUAUCGGCAGUAGAAUUACCAAUAAACGAGCACCGGAUGACAAAGCAAUGGCUUUUCAAAAAGAAAUGAAAAAGUCUAAA